CUAUCAUCCGUCAUUUAUAUCAACUGUCAUUUAUGUCGUCUGUCAUUCUAUAAAACGUUAUAAAUUUGCAAUUCGACUUAACCCAAUCACCCUGUACAGGCUAACGCUCGCCGAACAUUCGAUUACAGAUAAUAUUAUAUUAUCGCGAAGCUGAAAAAUUCCCAAAAAUCCCAGCAUAUCGAUCACGAUUCCGCGCGAUAGUCGAAACGAAAACAAAAUUAUCCGAUUCCGCGAUAUUUUCGCCAUAUUAAAUAGCAAUCCGACCGUAGAAAAAAAAACAUAUUUUACCGCAAUGUCCCUCAUCGACAUCAUCGUUUUCUCGCUCGUUCUCGCCGCAUUUUCCCGGAAAAUCGCCAACGCCACCCAGAACAGAAUCAAUUUUUCCAAAUGCGACGUCGGCGGAUUCACCUGCUCCACCAACAUCCUAAACAACACCACCACUUUAUUACUGUCCUUCAGCUGCCCGGCUAAAGACGUGACGAUUUACGUGAAUCAAUUCAAGAGCCCGUACAACAUGGAAUCGCUGGAAAUCGAGGAUUGCGAGAACGUGACGGUGUCGUUGAAGAGCGCCGACAGGCGGUACUAUUUCGAGAAGUUGACAGUCAAAAACGUCGGCGUGUUGACGGUACUGGCGCACCGUUUGUGGCAAACGAACGCGCCGAAGUUGGUGCGCAUGGAGAACGUGGGCUACAUCAGGACGAUACCGAGCUUCGCCUUCGGCCAAUCGGCGACGGACGACGGUACUGCUACCGGUACUACUGCUGCCGCUAUCGCUGGUAGUACUUCCGGAUUGAGGAGAGUCUUCCUGCGGAACGUCACCGUCGACACCGUCGAAUCGAAUGCUUUUCGGUUGCACGACGCGUGCGCCAACUUCACUGUACAAAAUUCCAGGAUCAACCGCAUCCAGACGUCCGGAAUAGACGUUGUUUUAGACAAAGGUGGAGAAUUUCUCGUCGAAAACACCCGAAUCGACGUCUUCGAGCAUCUCGCCCUUCGCAUAACCGGAGCCAACGCCGAAUUCCGCAACAACAAAUUGGGCGAGAUGUGGUCGAGCGCCGUCAACGGUACGAUCGAGAACUUCAAGUUCUCGCACAACGCCGUCGCGACGCUGGAGGCGGGCGCCGUGGCGAUAUUGUGUACGAGGGCGCGUCUGUCGCACAACAGGUUCGAGUACGUGCGUUCGGGCGGUUUCGGGAAGAUCAGCCCCGGCCUGCUGGUGGAAUCGAACAGGAACUUCGGCCAGCUUCGAUUCGUCUACGAAUUCCGAGGCAACGCGAUCGCCGCGAUGGACGCCGGCGGUUUGAAUCCCGAUUUCGAGGCGUACGGCAACGUCGCGACGGACGUGCUGGUCAAAAAGAACGCCUUGUUGUGUUCCUGUUUCAAUAUCGGCUGGAUGUUCGCCGAGACCGGUCACGGUUUCGAUUCGCAGCGCCUGCGCCCCUUCUACGAUCUGCUCACCGACGCCGGCAACGAGAACGUGUGCCUGUCGGCGUGCAAUUUCCCCCUGAGCAAAGCCGCGGAGAUAUUCAAAGCGGGAAACUGUCCCGCGUCGGACGCCCCGGACGCUAUUUGCUCGAAAACCACCAAUCCCAUACCCAUCGCAACGACGCCUAAAACCAUUUACAUGUCCAAUUUCUCGCACAAAACCAGAAAAAACGCCGCUAUCGAACGCCACCCGCCUACUUCGAUACCUCUACUCCUUCCAUUUAUCAUAUCCCUCACAGCCUACUAUAACGUACACCGCGUCUAAACUGACAUAUCCGUAACGUCACUAGCUCGAAAUAUUAAUCAAACCACACACAUUAUAUUAGAUAGUUAUAGUAUAGAAUAAUUUGUAAAUUACCUUUUGUGCUCGAAGUAUAAAUCUAGCAAUCCGUGUGUGUGAAAACGUCAAAACGAAAAACAAAACGAAACAUCGACACGCGCGGCUUACUAGAUUGUUUUUGUAUUUUUUUUUUAAGGAAAUUC